CGCAAAAAAAAAAGACACCUCAUAGCACUAAUCAAUUUAGCUUGAAACUAAUUAAUCUACCAGACAAGAUUACUUCUAACAUAGCUAAUUUCCUUGUAACAAGUCAAAACCUAGGUGUUGGUCGUAUAGUCUUUCCAUACGCUCGCGCAAUCUCCCGGUGGCAGCGGCCAUGGAAAACGUGACCGCCUCGACGAACCGCUUGUCGUCCGUCACCGGUGUGCACCUGUUCAAGAUCUCCGGGCACUCCCUGGUCAAAGGCACCGACCUAUGCAUCAUGUCCAAGACCUUCCGCAUCGGCGGCCACGACUGGGCCAUCCGAUACUACCCCUACGGCCAGAAGCAGAAGGACGACGGCAAUAAGGAAACCGUCAAUACGACGGCCGGUGGAGAGCAUACGUCGGUUUUCCUCUACUUGGAGAACGCAGCAAAGGGCGAGGUCAGAGCGAACAUCUGGUUCUCCCUCCAAGACCCCGCGUCGCCGGAGAAGGGGGAGAAGAACAGAAGAGGCGCCGAGACGCGCGACUUCAAGCCCGGAGCACCGGCACGGGCAUGGGGUUUCCCGACGUUCAUGAGCAAGGCUGAUCUGGUUGCAUCGGGAUGCAUCAAAGAUGACUGCCUAGUGAUCAAGUGCACCAUCGAGGUCAUUACCUCCGAGCGCUUCGACGACCACGGAGAAGACGACGACGUCGUGGCCGUGCCGCCCUCCGAACUGACCAAGAAUAUUGGCGGACUUCUUGAGAACGGCCUCAGAGCGGACAUGACCGUCAAGAUCGGCUUGUUCAAGAGGUUCAAGGUGCACGGUUGCAUCCUCGCCGCGCAGUCGCCAGUCUUCCGUGCGCAGCUGUGUGGCUCCAUGCUCGAGAGUAGGAGAAGCAGCAUCCGCAUCAAGGACAUUCGAGUUGAAGUUUUCGAGGUCCUGCUGCAUUACAUGUACAAGGACUCCCUGCCUCCAUUCAUGGAGGAGAGCACUGAAGAGGCUACAAACAUGGCGCAACAUUUGCUCGUCGCAGCCGAUCGGUUCGCCAUGGAAAGAUUGAAGCUGCUUUGCGCCAACAAGCUGAGCAAGACCCUUGAUGUCAACACCGUGGGUUUUACUCUGGAUUUUGCUGAGAGAAACAACUAACUGAGAAUUAUGGAAGCCUUGUGUGUGAAUUAUUCAAAGCUUUUGCUAAGUAACCUAUAAUAGGGACGAUCAAUCGUAUUUGCCGGUAUGAUGUUAAACUUUGCUGGUUAAUUAAUUACUGAAUUUUCUACAUCUUUCUCCUACGUCCCUCGUAUUUUUCUCUGUGAUGCAGAUUUCCCUCCAUGUACAGUAGGUCCCGUGCAUGGCAGAGACGUCGGAUUGCUUUGAGAGAUUGAUGUACUUUUAUGCGAGGCAUUACAUUUAUGAAAUUAUUUUAUUUUAUUUA